AUGACAAAUCAGACACUAAUGACGGAAUUCUUGCUUAUGAGAUGGAUGGAGAAUUGGAUGCUGCUGGGCUUGCGUGCUGUGCUCUUCUUGCUGAUCUACUUAGUGGCCAUAUGGGAGAGUUUAAUCAUCCUCCUCCUCCCUAAUCUUGACCAAGGCCUCCACACCCCAAUGUAUUUUUUCGUCAGGCAUUUAUCUUUCUUAGAUCUGUGUCUCAUUUCUGUCACAGUUCCCAAAUCCAUCCUCAACUCUACCACCUUCAUUGACACCAUCUCUUUCCCGCGGUGUGUGCUGCAGUUAUUCCUGGUGAUAUUGUUGGCUGGCUCAGAGAUUGGCAUCCUUACCGUGACGUCCUUCGAUCGCUACGUUGCCAUCUGCCGCCCUCUGCACUAUGAAGCUGUCAUGAGCAGAGGAUCCUGUGUCCAGCUGAUGGCUGUGUCCUCGCUCAGUGGAGGGGCCUUGGGAAUCUUAUACUCAGCAGGGACAUUCUCCCUGGAUUUUUGUGGCUCCAAUAGGAUACAUCAGUUAUUCUGUGAUGUCCCUGCCCUACUAAACCUCACUUGUUCUGCAGAGCACGUCAUCAUUAAUGUCAGCGUGGUCAUUGGGGUCUGUUACGCUUUUUCAUGUUUAGUUUGCACUGUGGUCUCCUAUGUGUAUAUUUUCUCCGCUGUGUUAAAGUUCCCAUCCAGACAGAGCUGAUCCAAAGCCUUUUCCACUUGCAUGCCUCACCUCAUUGUUGUGAGCACGUUUCUUGCAACAGGAGCUGUUGCUUAUUUAAAGCCAGCUUCUGAUGUACCUUCUAUUUUAGAUUUGGUGGUGUCUGUGUUCUAUUCUAUAGCACCUCCGACCUUGAACCCUGUUAUUUACUCUCUGAGGAACAAAGACAUUAAAUCAGCUCUAGGUAAAGUCCUGUGCAAUGUCAGAAGCAGCAGAGUAAUAGAAAGGUGGCUAAAGUUGAAGCUAUGA